AUGGGCGGCGAACGUGUGAGGUUGUACGUGACUGGACAGUUCCUCGGAUUCCGGAGGAGCAAGUCCAACCAGUACACCCACACCAGCUUGGUGAAGAUCGACGGUGUCAACUCCAAGACCGAGACCGAGUUCUACCUGGGCAAGCGUCUGGCUUACGUGUACAAGGCCAAGACCGAGAAGAAGGGCAGCAAGUUCCGCGUCAUCUGGGGCAAGGUGACCCGUGCACAUGGCAGCACCGGCACCGUCCGUGCCAAGUUCAAGAGCAACCUCCCACCCGCAGCCAUCGGCGCCAAGAUCCGCGUGAUGCUGUACCCCAGCCGCGUCUGA